AUGUAUAAUAAUAAUAAAGAAUUAUCAUUAAAUGAAACUCUAUUUUGGAGAAUAUAUAAAAAUAUUUUUAUAAGAAAUAAAAUAUUUUCAAAUUUUAGAAAAUUAGACCACUAUAAUUGUUUGAUCAAUGUUAAUAAUAUCAUUAUAAGAUACAACGGUCCAGAGAUAAUCAGAGACAAGGUCAAAUCGGGUGGAAUUUUAUAUCUGGGUGAUUACGAAAUAAUCUAUGAAAGAAUCAUUAAGAACAAUAAAGAGAAUCAAGAUUUUUAUAAUCAAUUUUUCUUAAACUAUUCCAAAGAUUUAAAAUUAAGGUCAAAUAAAGAACUAUUAGGUACCAUUCUUUCCCAUGGAAAUAUUGUAGCAUUCAACCAAUUUAUAAAAGUUUAUAAUAUAUCAAAUCAAGAAAUCGUCGAAAUAUCAAAAGAGUUUUAUAAAAGGAACAUUUUCAAGACUGUUAUCAAAGAUUAUUCGGUCAAAAUAAAAAUCCAAUGUGAAAUUUUAGAAUGGAGAUCCAUCAAAAUAUUUAAAUAUUUAACUCAAAACUAUGGCAGCAUCACAAUAAAUGAAUUUAUAAUAAACUCUAUUAAAAUCGAUCAAUUAACUUUAAAAAAAUUAAUAAUAGCAAGCAAAUUUAUAAUAGAUAAUUUUAAAAUACUACCAUUAAGAAAUAAACAAUCAAUCACCUCGCUAAUCAGUAAUAAAGACUAUAACUUUAUUAAAGACAAUACUCUAGAGUGUCAAUUCAGCCAAUUUACAAAAAACCAAUUAAAUACAAAUGUAUUAAAAUUAAUAGAAUCAUCACAAAUUUUAAAAUACAAUAAUGAUAAUAAUAAUGAUAAUAAUAUUGUAUUGGAUAUAAUAUUAAACUAUUUUGAUAUUAUUAUAAAAUCAAUACAUAACCCAAGAGAUUUAGUAUCUGUCUUAGUAAAUAGUAUUUGUAUUGGUAUUAAUAACCUUACAAAUGAAAACCAUUACAAAAAAGAAGAUUUAGAACAUUAUUUAUCCCAAGCUAUUCAAGUUAAAGAAUCAACUAGUAUAGAUACUUUUUUGGUAAAUACCAGCCCUCUAAAAAGUUUAGUGGAUUUCAAAGAUGUAAUUUCCAAGUCAAAAGAAUUUCUAAUGGCAAAAGCAGGUUUAUGUGUUAUACAAGUUUUAAAAAAUGGUGAUGUGGAAUACCUCGAACUGAUUAAACAGAGAUACCCAAGAAUCAUUGACCAAUUUAUUAAAAAUGAAAUAAUCAAACUCCAAAUAAUAUUUGCUCAGACUAUAGGCUCAACAAAAACACUGGAUUACUAUUUCAAAUAUUAUCAAAGAGAAGUAUUUGGAAUCGGAAACUCAAAAUGUUGGUUCAUUUCAAAAAUCACAAUUUUAGAACAUUAUGAAAAGCUAAUGAAAUCUCUCAAUAAUAAAUUUUCAAUAAAUGUUCAACAAAUUGGUGCAUCAAAAAGGGAUUUUAAUAUUUUAGAGAGUCUAAAGGACAAAUUCUCAGAAACAACUGUAGCAAGUCAUAAAAGAUUUGUCCAUGCAUAUCAUCUAUUGGACUAUAGCCAAUUUAAAAAUGAAUGUUUCAUAGAAAGAGUUAUCAGGGCAUUCAAUUAUCCGGAAUUGUACUAUUCAUCCCCCACAUGUGAAAUCUAUGAUAUUACACAUAUUUUGAUCGAGGCUUUUGAAAAUGACGAUAGAUUAACAGUCAAUAACAUUGCAACCAUAUUAUAUCACUUUGAACGUACAAGCCUAUUUUUUUUAAUAAACGAAAAUGAUAUCAAAUCAAAGUUUUUUAAAUGGGUUUCAAACAACUACUUCACAAUAGAAAUCAGUAAUCCUUCAUAUAUCUCAUUCAAAAUAUAUAUAGGUGAUACCCCUACAGAUAAAAAUCCUUUUAAUUUUGUAUCUCCAAUUAAAGAUUUCAUCAAUGUUUUAUAUUACAACAGGAAAUACCAAGAUCUAAUCAAAAUAUUAGGCUCUGCCGUCAUCAAUUUAAAAACUGAAGAUUUCCCUUAUUUAAACAAUACCGAAUUUUUAGAAGGAUUGAUAAAUUUAUAUAAAAAUUCAAAAGAACCCAACACUACAAUUGUAUCCCUCAUAAACCAUUAUUUAAAAACUUCACAAAGAGAAAAUAACAAUCAACUACUGGAACUAUUAAAAUCAAAUCUUGACAAACAUACACUGCCAAACGAAAUCAAUGAACAAAAAUAA